AGGAAGUUGGUGACAGGCUGUAUUAGUCUGAUCCUCCCUAUUUGAAGGUCAGCCAAAGGGUUCACUUUGGAAAUGAGAGAGGAAGACUAGCGGGCAACAUUGGCUCGAUCCUUGGAUAACAUCUCAGAAAUAAAGAAACGGGAUUCAUUAAAGAUGUUGACGAGACUCCAAGUUCUUACCUUAGCCUUGUUUUCAAAAGGAUUUUUACUCUCAUUAGGGGAUCACAACUUUUUGAGGAAAGAGAUUAAGAUAGAAGGUGACCUUGUUUUAGGGGGCCUAUUCCCUAUUAAUGAAAAAGGGACUGGAACUGAAGAAUGUGGGCGAAUCAAUGAAGACCGAGGGAUCCAACGCCUGGAAGCCAUGUUGUUUGCUAUUGAUGAAAUUAACAAAGACAAUUACUUGCUACCAGGAGUGAAGUUGGGUGUUCAUAUUUUGGAUACAUGUUCCAGAGACACCUAUGCACUGGAGCAAUCCCUGGAAUUUGUCAGAGCAUCUUUGACUAAAGUGGAUGAAGCUGAGUAUAUGUGUCCUGAUGGAUCAUAUGCCAUUCAAGAAAAUAUGCCAUUACUCAUUGCAGGGGUCAUUGGUGGCUCCUACAGCAGUGUUUCCAUUCAGGUGGCAAACCUGCUGAGACUCUUUCAGAUCCCUCAGAUAAGCUAUGCCUCCACCAGCGCCAAACUCAGUGACAAGUCACGGUAUGAUUACUUUGCAAGAACAGUGCCCCCCGACUUCUACCAGGCCAAAGCCAUGGCCGAGAUCUUGCGCUUCUUCAACUGGACCUAUGUAUCCACUGUGGCCUCUGAGGGUGACUAUGGGGAGACGGGAAUCGAGGCCUUCGAGCAGGAAGCCCGCCUGAGAAACAUCUGCAUCGCCACUGCUGAAAAGGUGGGUCGCUCCAACAUCCGCAAGUCCUACGACAGUGUGAUCCGCGAGCUGCUGCAGAAGCCCAAUGCCCGGGUCGUGGUUCUCUUCAUGCGCAGUGACGACUCCAGGGAGCUCAUAGCCGCUGCCAGCCGGGUCAAUGCCUCCUUUACCUGGGUGGCCAGUGACGGCUGGGGUGCGCAGGAGAGCAUAGUGAAGGGCAGUGAGCACGUGGCCUACGGCGCCAUCACUCUGGAGCUGGCCUCCCAACCCGUCCGCCAAUUUGACCGCUACUUUCAGAGCCUCAAUCCCUACAACAAUCACCGUAAUCCCUGGUUCCGGGACUUCUGGGAACAGAAGUUCCAAUGCAGCCUCCAGAACAAGAGAAACCAUAGACGACUUUGCGACAAGCACCUGGCCAUCGACAGCAGCAACUAUGAGCAAGAGUCCAAGAUUAUGUUUGUCGUGAACGCAGUGUAUGCCAUGGCGCAUGCAUUGCACAAAAUGCAGCGCACCCUCUGUCCGAACACCACCAAGCUCUGUGAUGCCAUGAAGAUCUUGGAUGGGAAGAAGCUGUAUAAGGAUUACUUGUUGAAAAUCAACUUCACAGCUCCAUUCAACCCAAAUAACGAUGCAGAUAGUAUCGUCAAGUUUGACACUUACGGAGAUGGAAUGGGCCGAUACAACGUAUUCAAUUUCCAGUACCUGGGUGGAAAGUAUUCUUACUUGAAAGUUGGUCACUGGGCUGAAACCUUAUCUCUAGAUGUUGACUCUAUACACUGGUCCAGAAACUCAGUUCCCACUUCCCAGUGCAGUGAUCCCUGUGCCCCCAAUGAAAUGAAGAACAUGCAACCAGGCGAUGUCUGCUGCUGGAUCUGCAUCCCCUGCGAACCCUAUGAAUAUUUGGCUGACGAAUUUACCUGUAUGGAUUGUGGGCCUGGACAAUGGCCCAAUGCAGACCUAUCUGGCUGUUAUGACCUUCCUGAGGACUACAUCAAGUGGGAAGAUGCCUGGGCCAUUGGUCCAGUCACCAUUGCCUGUCUGGGCUUUAUGUGUACAUGCAUAGUUAUAACGGUUUUUAUCAAGCACAACAACACACCCUUGGUCAAGGCCUCAGGUCGAGAACUCUGCUACAUCUUGUUGUUUGGAGUGGGCCUGUCCUACAGUAUGACAUUCUUCUUCAUUGCCAAGCCCUCUCCUGUCAUCUGUGCAUUACGACGGCUUGGGCUGGGGACCUCCUUUGCUAUCUGUUACUCAGCCCUACUGACCAAAACAAACUGCAUUGCCCGAAUCUUUGAUGGGGUUAAGAAUGGCGCUCAGAGGCCAAAAUUUAUCAGCCCCAGUUCUCAGGUUUUCAUCUGUCUGGGUCUGAUACUGGUGCAGAUUGUGGUGGUGUGUGUGUGGCUCAUCCUGGAAGCUCCAGGCACCAGAAGGUAUACCCUCCCUGAGAAGCGAGAAACAGUCAUUCUAAAGUGCAACGUCAAGGAUUCCAGCAUGCUGAUCUCUCUUACCUACGACGUGAUCCUGGUGAUCUUAUGCACUGUGUAUGCCUUCAAAACAAGGAAGUGCCCGGAAAAUUUCAAUGAAGCCAAGUUCAUAGGCUUUACCAUGUAUACCACCUGCAUUAUCUGGCUGGCCUUCCUACCUAUAUUUUAUGUAACAUCAAGUGACUACAGAGUACAAACGACAACCAUGUGCAUCUCCGUUAGCCUGAGUGGCUUCGUGGUCUUGGGCUGUUUGUUUGCCCCCAAAGUUCACAUUGUCCUAUUCCAACCCCAGAAGAAUGUGGUAACACACAGACUGCACCUCAAUAGGUUCAGUGUCAGCGGAACAGGGACCACAUACUCUCAGUCCUCUGCAAGCACGUAUGUUCCAACAGUGUGCAAUGGGCGGGAAGUCCUGGACUCCACCACUUCAUCUCUGUGAUUGUGAUUUUGAAGUUCAGUUCUUGUGUUUUUAGACUGUUAGACAAAGUGCGCGUGUGCAGCUCCACAAUAUGGGAACAGAGCAAAAGAACAAACCUAGUACCUUUUUUUAGAAACAGUAUGAUAAAUUAUUUUUGAGGACUGUACAGUAUAUAGUGAUGUGCUAGAACUUUCUAGGCUAAUUUUAGUGCCCGUAUUACUAAUAAUUCCCCCUUAGAAUAUGGAAAUAACCAUUGUUUACAGAGCUGAGCAUUGGUGACAGGGUCUGACAAGGUCAGUCUACUAAAAAUAA